AUCACAAUUACACUCGAGAAACUAACCACAGCCCUCGAUCAGCAUGGACAAAGGGAAGGAAACCAAGAAAGCGACGACGAACGACCACCAGCAGGAGCUGAAGUUCCGCGGCGUCCGGCGGCGGCCGUGGGGGAAGUACGCGGCGGAGAUACGGGACCCGGCGAGGCAAGGUGCGAGGCUGUGGCUGGGGACGUACGACACGGCGGUGGAGGCGGCUCGUGCCUACGACCGGGCCGCGUUCCACAUGAGGGGACACCUCGCCAUCCUCAACUUCCCCAACGAGUAUUACUGGCAGGCCAUGGGGACCACCACGUACUCUCACCAACCGCCUCCUUCCACGUGGGAUGGAGCUGGCUCGUCAGCGUCCACUGCGGCGGCGAUGGGCAACGGCGGCGGAGGAGGGGAAGAGAAUAAGGAGGUGUUUGAGUUCGAGUACCUGGACGACAGCGUGUUGGAGGAGCUACUAGACGGUUCGUCUGAAGAUGAGACAAAACAUAGAUAUUAUAGGACUAAUAACUGAGGACGAUGAACUAAUGGGUUCCUACAACUAUGGUCUACUUUACUUGUGUUUUUGUUGCUUAUCCCGGAUUUUGCUUACUGUACAGUGAAUAAGACGCAAAACAAGUG